CAAAAAAUGGAUGUUGUGGAAUUUCUAACACGAACCGAUAGGCGCAAUCUAAAAUCUCAAAUAGGUUUCCAGGUGGCGCAAAAGAUGCGCGAAUGGCACGCGGAUGUGGACAACCGGCGUUGGAACCUCUGUCUUCUCCUCCAAAAGGAGGCCUUGGAGGCGGAUGAGCAGAUUGCAGAAUUGCUGCAGGAGCAGGCGGAUGAAGCGGAUCGGAAGCGACACGAGUGGAUCGAAAUGGAGCGGCUGAAGCGGGAGGAGGCCGAACUGGAACUGAUCAAAGUAAAGAAGCAGCAAAGGGAGAUUGAGAACUCCGAGGCCCAUCGUCACAUGCUAACCAAGGAGAUCCUGUUGGAGUCCAAGCAAGCUCAACUCCAUCAAAUCGAGGAGAAAAAGGAGCUCAAACGCCGCCAGGCCUGUGUGGAGAUUCUUUGGCAGCGCGUCUGGCAGAGAUUGGACGAAAGUAAGGCCCAGCAGGAGCAGUAUGAGCUGAAACUGCGCCACUUGAUUGAGAACAGGUGCCAAGCCCACAAUCUGGACACUGAUCGGGAGCAGAAGGCCCAGUUCGCCAAGGAGGUGUUAGCAGACCAGCGGGAAUGUUCCCAGGCCCUGGAACUAGCUGCCGAAAUGGAUGUGCUCAAGAAACAACAAGAUCUGAAGAAGCUGAGAGAUAAACGACGCCAGCAGCUCACUGACCUGCAGGAUCAGAUCCAACGGAAUCUCACCAUCAGCGCCCGGCAAGCACAGGCCAAUAUCCGUGAGGAUGUGGGCUACAACAUUCUCGAAGACCGCCAGAUUUACGAGGAGCUCAUGGAGAAGCGUUGCGCCAGGACCCACAAUCGCGAUUGGCAUCAGCAGUACAUGACGCACACGGCUGCGGAGCGGGCCGCUCGCAGGGAAGAGGAUCUGGCGCGGGAUCGGAAAUACCUGGGCACUGGGUGUGUGCUCGGCCAGCAGCCGAAACAGCCGUACGGCAAGGAAGUGCGCUAGUACCAGUGGUGGACACAUCGUCAUCGCCAUCGAUCGAUCGAUGGGCACGCACUCAUGUCACGCCUCACAUUUGGAUACCAUAUGGCAAUUAUAUUUACGGCUGAUAUAAAUCAGACGAUGGCGGCGAUAAGGAAAAGCCUAUCACGCACGGGCGGCAUAAAACCAGUGAUAAUGCCCACCAUCAACGUCACCAGGGAAGCUGACCAGCUCACCCCAACUACCAACUUGGUCAGCCGCCAGCGGGCCCAUAUGCAAAUGCGAAAUGCCAGUACAGUCAAGCUAUUGUAAUGCGAACCACCCUCUUUCGAAAUUCAAAAUUUAUAAGCACUAUAUUAAUCAAUCUUCUUAAGUUAACUGAAAUAUUUCGAAAUGCUUAUUUUCAAUUUUAAGUGGCUUGUCGACAACU